GCAAAAACAAAAGAAUUGGCCUUGACGUUCCAAUACUUUCACGGGGGACUGUAUUUAUUAAAGUUCUCCAAAUAUGCAUACUUUUCCAGAAUUUAUACUUUGUCUUUUCUCAUAGAAAGUUUUCUCAUUCUAGGUGAGUUGUCUUUGCCUGAGUGGUAUUUUAUCAUUGUUAUUACAAUAUUAUUUGCAUGUAUAAGGGGAAAAGAUGGCUGUACAGUAUUUAGUUCACCAAAUGUGACUAAAUGUUAUUUUUAUUGUGUAUUGAUACACUUUUAAAUAUGAAUUAUUGGUUAACUGUUUUAUCUCCAGAAUGAAUUUAUCAACAUCAGUAUUUGUCAUGUGAUUUUUAAAUUGAAUUUACUUUUUGAAAAUCAAAAAGGCUUUAAAAAUGUGAAAUAUCCAUAAUCCUGUGAAAAUGCCUGGGUUUUUUCUAAAACAAGCUCACCAGUCCACUUCAUUUAAUGAAAUGAUUCUUUUGAUCUUAAAGAUUUAUUUAUUUAUGAAAAAUAAAUAAAUUGUUCCUAUUAUUUAAGUUAUUAAAGAAUAAAUAUAAGGCUGCAUUGGCUGACUUUGCCAACAAAGAUAACACGCAAGACCAUUUUAAGCUCCACCCUUCAUAUAACUUUACCAGUAAGAUAUCAGAAUGAGGGCAAUAAUGAUCUUGAAACCAUUCUAAGCUUACAACACCUAAAGCAUAUUAUCAAAAAAGGAACAUCAGUGAAACAGGUAAUGACCUUUUCUUUCUGAUUUUUUUCUGUCACUUGUUGUCUUUGGCUCGCCUUAUUAAAUGUAUUGUUGACAUGUUAACAGAGUAUGUAAAGAAAUAUGUACCUUUUUAGUCAUUUGUUUCAUUUUGAUUCAGAAGUUUCAUACACAGCGGCCGUAUUCUUAACUUUAACCAUAAACAAUUGCAUUAUGUUACAUAUAUAAUAUUUUGUCAUAUGUAUUUGGACCUGCUGUUCUGCCAAAGGAAUGAUGCUGGUUUACUUAAUCUUUAACGCUCACUUUUCUCAUGAAAAAAUAUAUGCUUUAAUCAUUUUUAGACAAUUACAGCUAUAUACAUGAAAAUGUGUGUUUCCAAUCACACAGUUCAUAUGUACUGGUCAAACAAAUGCUCUCAAGGUCAGAUAAGGACCUCUAAAAGCUGUACAAAAGAAAGUUUAUCAGCAUGCACAGACACACACAAAAAACUAUAUUUACAGUACAUCUAGAUAAUGUCCUAAGACAUCCAAUGUCUCGCCCUCUAAAAACUGGAUAUUUCUACAUCUUAUUUUGGCAUAUAUAUGAAUUAACAAGCAAGUUCAUUUGACAUGCUCGAUGUCACUAUAUUAAUAUUAUUAUAUCACAUAUGUAUUGACUGAUUUAGGUUUUAAGGUCUAGCUAGUGCGAUGCAUCAAGUUCGUCCUCACUAUGCAACAGACCGAACAGCCUACACUCAAUCAGAUUUUGAUGAGGAGUUUAACAGGAAGAGGAGGAACUAUCCUUUGGGGGAGAAAGUGAGGAAAGUGUUCAGAUGCUCCAGUGGGCGACUGAAGGGUCUUCUCUUCAGACAUCUGCCAGUGCUCAGCUGGCUUCCCAAAUACAAUUUCAGACAGAACCUUGUGUGUGAUGUCAUCAGCGGAGUCAGCGCAGGCACGAUUCAGGUUCCACAGGGCAUGGCCUUUGCUCUUUUGGCCAACUUGCCUCCAGUCAAUGGACUUUAUUCGUCUUUCUUUCCUCUUAUUCCGUACUUCUUCAUGGGCACAGCCCACCAGAUGGUGCCAGGUACUUUUGCUGUGCUGAGUAUCAUGGUUGGUAUAGUGUGUCUGCAGCUGGCACCUGAAUCAGAUUACAGCUACUUUAACACAACAAUCAAUGCCACUGUAGUAUAUGAGCAGAAGAUGAAUGAGGCUCGGCUGGCCAUAUCAGGCACUUUGGCUUGUCUGACUGCCAUCAUACAGAUUGGUCUAGGCAUGAUGCAGUUUGGAUUUGUGGCCAUAUACCUCUCUGAGUCAUUUGUUAGGGGGUUUAUGACAGCUGCAGGUCUGCAGAUCCUCAUAUCUGUGCUUAAGUACAUCUUUGGCAUCACAGUACCACCAUACAGUGGUCCUCUGGCUAUAAUUUAUACCCUCAUAGACAUAUGCAAAGGCCUGCCCAGAACCAAUAUAGCCUCUCUGGUGUUUGCCCUUAUCAGCUGUGUGGUGCUGAUCAUAGUAAAAGAACUGAGCACUCGCUACCGUCAUAAAAUCCCCUACCCUAUUCCCAUAGAGAUAAUUGUUGUGGUGGUGGCCACUGCCAUCUCUGGGCCAUUGCAUCUGCCUGAGAAGUACCACAUGGACAUAGUAGGAGAAAUCCCUUUGGGGUUUCCUGCUCCGAUCCUGCCUAGAGUGUUGGAGUGGGGGGAAAUGUUAAGUACAGCUUUCUCACUGGCCAUUGUGGGAUAUGUCAUCAAUUUGGCCAUGGGCCGGACACUGGCCACCAAACAUGGUUAUGAUGUGGAUCCCAAUCAGGAAAUGCUAGCUUUGGGCUUCAGUAAUCUCCUGGGUGGCUUCUUUAAGAUUCAUGUGAUCUGCUGUGCUCUGUCUGUCACACUAGCUGUGGACAGUGCAGGAGGUUCCUCACAGUUUGCCAGUCUGUGUGUUAUGAUAGUUGUCAUGGUCACCAUGCUGGCUCUGGGAGCUUUUCUCAAACCACUCCCCAAGUCAGUGUUAGGAGCUCUCAUAGCUGUUAAUCUGAAGAACACACUACUGCAAAUCUCGGAUCCAUACUAUCUCUGGAAGAAGAGCAAACUAGACUGUUGUGUAUGGGUUGUUUCUUUCCUGGCAACCUUCUUCCUGAGUCUGCCUUAUGGUGUUGCUAUUGGGGUGGGCUUCUCCAUUCUGGUAGUCAUUUUCCAGACUCAAUUUCGUAAUGGCUCAGAAGUGGCUCAGGUCUUGGAUACAGACUUGUACAAGAACCCUAAAGUCUACAAUAAGGUAAAAGCCAUUGAAGGUGUGAAAAUAGUGAGUUACUGCUCACCUCUUUACUUUGCCAAUGCAGAGAUAUUUCGCCGGAAGGUUAUCAGAAAAACUGGGCUUGAUCCAGGCAAGGUGCUUCUGGCCAGGAAGAAGUUUCUGAAAAAACAGCAGGAGAAAGAAAAACAAGAAAUAAAAGCCAAGCAGGAUCAGGAGAAAGCAGCUUCCAGAAAGAGGAAAGUGAGCUCACUAGUUACCAUGAAGAUGCAGACUGUCUCACAAAUUGAUCUGCAGAGUGACUUUUACACCAUUGGUGUAGGCAGCGAUAAUAUGCCCACGAGUUACAUCAAUCCAUACUGUGAUAUCAUGAACCCCACUGACCAGCUUCCAGAGCCCGAGGCUGCCAGCUCCCCUCCUGUUACGAUGGAGAUGCAACCUGUCCCUUUUCAUACACUUAUCUUGGACCUGGGGGGAGUCUGUUUCAUCGACCUGAUGGGCAUUAAAGUUCUUACCAAGAUGAGCAACACUUAUAGUAUGCUGGGGAUUAGCCUAUACUUGGCAAAUGUGCAAGCUCAGGUAUUUGAGGAGCUGGAGGCUGGAGGAGUGUUUGAGGAGAGCAGUAUUACUCCUAGUCACAUGUUCUUGUCAGUCCAUGACGCAGUCCUGUUUGCCCAGCGCAAGUCACUGACUCCCGGAACUAUGGCAGAGCAGGAAGACAGGGAAAGGGUAAAACUGGCAUUUGAUAUAGAAGAAGAGGAACAGGAUCUGGAGCAGGAACUUUUCUGACAGCUCAGAAGAAUAUUUUCGAAGUAGCUGGUUUGCCUUGACAGCAUUAUCACAUGAUAUUUUGGUUUAUUCAGUAAACUGCUGUAUACACAAUUGAUUAGUCUUGCAAGAUCUGUUGUAGCACCUUCAGUUAUAAAAAUAAUUUCAUAGUGUACAUGUUGUUCAUCUAUUCACCAGUAGAGGGAAGAAAUCCAUAACCUGAAGACAAUAUCUGCAGUAUACUGUAAUAUGACUGCUUUGUGAAAAGAUUGUAAUUUGGUAAAAAUCCAUACAAAAAAAUUUUUUAUAAUAUACUUUUAUUAUAUACACACAGCCUAAUUAUUUACACUUUUAAGACUAAUCACUCAAUUUUUUAGACUAAGGGACAUUUAUAAGUGUCAAAGUUGUUAGUUUUAGAUAAAGCAGUGUUCUUAUUAACAUUUGAAAGAAGGAUCAUAGUUUUGCUUUUGUCCAACAAUGAAGGGCUACACACCGUUUCAGGAGAUGGUAUUGUGCACUUGGUGUUAGUUAACACUUGGGAAUAAUUCAUCAGGAAGUAAAAGAGAAACUAGGGAAAGCUCCUAAGCUGCUUAAUUGUCACACUGCACGGCUAAGACAUCCAAAUCUGUCAACGCGGUGUGUUGUGUCUAUAUUUGGAUGUAAUGAAACUGUAAACUGCUGUUAUACAACAAAGAUGUAAGUAAUUGUAAUGUUAUUAUACACAUUUUUGUUUAUUGUAUACUGCUGUGUACCAUUCUGAUUACAUUUCUUGCAAUAAUAAUAUUGGCUCUGUUAUGCUGUGGAAGGCAUUUUGCUGUCAUGAUUUGUAUCCACUUGUCCCCUCAGAGCACAGUUUCCAUACCCUAAACCCGGACUACCCCCUUUCCUGCACAUUUUAAUGUUUUCUCCCAACACACCCACUUUAACUCAGGAAAGUGCAGUUAAUUAGCUUAUUAGCUGAAUCAUGUGUUUUGGAAAGAAGGAAAACACUACAAAGUGCAGGACAGGAUAUCCUCAGAUCUCAGCACAGUUGAACACCUAGAGUAUUGUAGUUUCUGGACUGAUGGCAUUCAGUUAGAUAGCACUCUCCACAAUCAUCAUUGAAUGUAGAAUGUGUGGAUGUGUAGAAUUUAUGCCAAGGCACAUUGAAGCCGUACAGUUGGCUUGUGGUCACCCAACACCUUAAUAAUACACUUUAUAUUGUUUUUUAUAUUAAUUUGUCACCCAUCUGUAUAUUUUAAAAGCCUUGGUGAGUAGUGUCUCCCUCUAGUGUUACUUUGUCUAUGACACACUAUGACAGUUAGUGUUAAUAAGGUAGUGUCAAUAAGACGUUGUGAAUUAAUGCCUUCUUAAUAUGUAGUGGAAAUUUCAAAAGAUAAACAUAAUGACACCUUUUUAUAAGGGGACAUUGCAAGAUUAUCAGCACUACUGAUUGGUUUCAAUUAAAUGAAUGAAUUAUAUCUGAAAUUUAGGAAACAUUUAUGAUUACAUACUUAUUCUGACAUUGAGGAGGGCUUCUAGUGCAUUUACCAAAAUACUAUAAUAAAGACAAGUGUGACAACCAUUAAUUAACCAGAAUAUUAAUUAUUAAACUCAUCUGUGUGGUCUUUCUCUUUCCACUCUGAUUAGCUACAAAAUUUUGCUUGUCAUCUGUAAAGCCUGAAAAGUAUUGCCUUAAAUGACAUACACAUCCAUUUCUGGAUGUAGAUACUCCACCAUGCUGCGCAAGCAUUUGACUGGAUUUCUUUCUGGCCCUUAAAAGUUUUUUUCUGCAUUUUCUGCAGUUUGACCAGUUUCUUGAAAUUUUGUUAUGCCUGUUAUUAUUAUUAUUAUUAUUAUUAUUAUUAUUAUUAUUAUUAUUAUUAUUAUUUUAUUGAGAUGAUACACUGGUCACCCCUAAUAGUUUAAUUGUUGAGCUAUUGAUAGAUAUUCUAAUACCCAUCUAAUAUCAUCACCAACCGCUACUGCACCUGUUCAACAUUAAAAUCUUGAAAGUCCAGUUUGGUGGGCUAUUAAUUUCUGUAAUCAUGUUAUUGAUAUAAAAUUAAGGUGUCAGUGUAUUAGCCUUCUUUCAUUUUUGAACCUGUCAUUAAGGCGCCCCAGUAUUUGUAAUGAAUAGGGAUGUCACUGAUACCAUUUUUUCCCCAGACCAAGUAUGAGUACAUGUUUUUAAUACCUGCUGAUACUAAUACUGAACCUGAAAUGAAAUGAGUAACCUACAUAAGUGCCAUUACGUUCAUUACUCACUCUGUGUGGAUCUACCAGCUGUUAUUACAAAACUAACUAACUAUAAAACUUCACCUAAAACAUAACAUGAACUAGUGUGUAUUUGUGUUU